UUCAAGGGAAAGAAGAAAGUUGAGAGAUGGGUAGGCUUUUCGUGGUCAGUCUAGAAGGCAAGAUUUACAGCUGCAGGCACUGCCAAACCCAUCUCGCUUUAUGUGAAGACAUCCUUUCCAGGUCUUUCCACUGCAGGCAUGGGAAGGCUUAUCUCUUCAGUAAGGUUGUGAAUGUCUCAGUUGGGGAGAAAGAAGAGCGGAUGAUGAUAACUGGAAUGCACACUGUUGCUGACAUUUUCUGUGUAGGAUGUGGGUCAAUCGUCGGAUGGACAUAUGAGGCUGCACAUGAGAAGAGCCAGAAGUACAAAGAAGGAAAAUCUAUCCUUGAGAGGUUCAAGGUGUCGGGCCCUGAUGGAAGCAACUACUGGGUUAGUCAUGAAGCUCAAAUCGGUGGAAGUGAUGCUGAUGAUGUUUGAUUGCCUCUGAUCCAUGGCAAUGUUUCUCCUGUUCCAAUUGUAUAUUCUCAAUCCCAUUAUUCUCAACUUGAAUGGAUCUUCAAUUGGAUAAUUACUGAUGUUGUCCCAGUUGUCCGAUGACAGAUUCUAUUCCAUUGUUCAUACAUGUUUGUUAUUCUUAAUUUCAUUUGAGUA